UGUGAACUGUGAAGUAGAAGGAAAUGUGGGAAUUACAAGAGCGUUUGUUUCUGGCUUUUUGGAUAGUCCCACUCUUCUACGGUGAAAUUCAAACUCUUCUUCCUCUUAACUCAAAAUCCCUAAUCACCAACACGAAAGCUUUCUGAACCAAAACGCUGCGUUUUGAUUCCACUCACAAUCUCUGGCUCAAUCUAGCUCUUUCUUUUGGUCCUCAGUUUUAUUGAAGAAUGAAGAUGAAGAGAAAGAAAAGGUCAUUGAAUUGAAUGGUUUACCUAUAUAUAUUUUGAAGCAACAAUAGGCAGGUGAUCUGAAAAACUGACUCUAAUCAUUGGUGGAAGUAGAGAUAAUGCAGAUUGCUUCAAAAGGUUUAGCACAAGUCAUGUUUUCUAGUCCUUUCAAGGAAAACCAUUGAAGUGCUCUUAUCAUAAGCUACCCUAUCAUGGAUGUUGAGGCAGUAGAUGAAGGGGAAAACAGUGAUAGACCUGCUUCUGAAAAUGUUGAAACUGAAAACAGCCAGGAACAAAAUACGACUGUAAACUUGGCUGAAAGGGAAGUAAAUAAUCUGGAUGGUGAUGCAUAUAGGAAACCGCAAUUGGGCAUGCUGUUUGAAUCUGAAGAUGCUGCAAAAUCAUUUUAUGAUGCAUAUGCAAGACAUGUAGGAUUUAGCACACAUGUUGGUCAAUUCAGUCGUGCUAAGCCUGAUGGUCCAAUCAUACUUUGGGACUUUGCUUGUUCUAGGGAGGUAAUUAAAAGAAAGAACAUUGUUAGUUGCAAUGCAAUGCUUAGGGUAGAGAGUAAAGAUGCAAACUGGUUAGUGACUAAAUUUGUUGAGGACCACAACCAUUCCCUGGCUUCCUCUAAAAAGGUGCAAUACCUUCAACCCCAUAGGCAUUUUGUAGGUGCUACAAGAAAUGUUACAGGGGCAUUUGAUGCCGGUAAUGAUUCUUAUGUUUCCAGGAAUGGCAAUCAUUUAGAACCAAUUAAUUCAGUUAGGAGCUCCUCUGCACUAGAAAAAAGUCAUCCAAUGAGAAACAUUGGGUCUCUUACCUAUGGAAGAUCUUCUCGAAAGCGGACCCUUGGAAGAGAUGCUCAAAAUCUGCUGAAUUAUUUUAAGACGAUGCAAGGAGAAAACCCUGGCUUCUAUUAUGCAAUACAGCUAGAUGAUGAAAACCGCAUGACCAAUGUAUUUUGGGCUGAUGUAAGGUCAAGAACAGCUUAUAAUUACUUUGGUGAUGCUGUAAUUUUUGACACAAUGUAUAGACCAAAUCAAUACCAAGUACCAUUUGCUCCAUUUGCAGGAUUCAAUCAUCAUGGCCAGAUGGUUUUAUUUGGUUGUGCAUUACUUCUAGAUGAAUCUGAGUCUUCCUUUACUUGGUUGUUCAGGACCUGGCUCUCUGCUAUGAAUGAUCAACCACCUGUUUCCAUAACCACAGACCAAGACAGAGCCAUACAAGCAGCUGUUGCUCAGGUGUUUCCAGAAACUCGGCACUGUAUUUGUAAGUGGCACAUUUUGAGAGAAGGUCAAGAAAGAUUGGCUCAUAUUUACCUUGCUCAUCCUUCAUUCUAUGGGGAUCUUUAUAGCUGUAUCAAUUCUUCUGAGACUACUGAGGAUUUUGAAUCAACAUGGAAGUCUCUUCUUGAUAAAUAUGAUCUCCAGAAAAAUGAUUGGCUUCAAGCAGUGUAUAGUGCUCGCAAACAAUGGGCCCCUGUUUACUUCCGUGAUACUUUUUUUGCUGCAAUUACUUCAAGCCAUGGGGUUAGCUCCUUUUUUGAUGGCUAUGUAAAUCAACAGACAACAAUACCUUUAUUCUUUAAGCAGUAUGAAAGAUCUCUGGAACAUUCAUUGGAUAAAGAAAUAGAAGCAGAUUACGAAACCAUUUGUAACACACCUGUACUGAAGACUCCAUCACCAAUGGAACAACAGGCAGCAAAUAUGUACACUAAGAAGAUUUUUGCAAAAUUUCAGGAGGAACUGGUGGAAACUUUUGCAUAUACUGCAAAUAAUGUUGAGGAUGAUGGUGUGAUCAGUAAAUACAGGGUUGCAAAAUAUGAACAUGAUCACAAGGUGUACAUGGUCACAUUAAAUAUCUCUGAAAUGAAGGCAAAUUGCAGCUGUCAGAUGUUUGAAUACUCAGGCAUUCUUUGUCGACAUAUAUUGACUGUCUUCACUGUAACAAAUGUUCUUACCCUUCCAUCGCACUACAUUUUGAAGCGAUGGACAAGAAAUGCAAAAUCUGGUAUUGGAAUUGAUGAAAAAACAACAGAUCCACUUGUUAUUGAUAAUCUCACUAUACGUUUUAAUAGUUUAUGUCGAGAAGCCAUUAAACUUGCUGAAGAAGGGGCAAUUGCUGUAGAGACAUACAAUGCUACAAUGAAUGCUUUUAGAGAGGGUGCUAAAAGGGUAGGUAGUAUGAAGAAAAAUGUUGUGAAAGUCACACCUCGUAACACUCAGGGUAAUGGAAGCUGUCAGGAAUACAACAGCAAGAAGAGCCCUUCAUCAAUUUCUGAAGUUAUUCCAUCAUUAUGGCCUUGGCAAGAUUCAGUGUCUCAUCAUUUCAAUCUUAAUGACCUUGGGCUUCCUGUUACUGAUCUGAAUCACCCUAAUAUGACUCCUGUUUCUAUUCACCGGGAUAGUGGCCCUCCAGAUAGCACUGUUGUCCUUACUUGUUUCAAGUCUAUGACUUGGAUUAUUGAAAAUAAGAAUUCAAGCCCAUCCAGUAAAAUAGCAGUCAUCAACAUGAAGCUGCAAGAUUAUGGCAAGGGGCCUUUAGGAGAGACAGAAGUGCAAUUUAGGGUAACACGGAUCACUUUGGAGCCUAUGUUGAGGUCUAUGGCUUACAUCAGUCAACAGCUAAAUGCACCAGUCAAUAGAGUUGCUAUCAUCAAUCUGAGGGUAUGUAAACUUGGCUCAUGAUCCUCUACUCUUUCUAGUUCCUAAACAUUUCACAAUCAACUAUAAGUUUUGUGGUUGAAAUGAUUAUCUCCUUCAAAUUCUCUCCUUUUGUAUAUAUGAAACUUCAGAAUAGGAGGUUUACAACCUAUUUUAAAGUUUGAGCUGGUCCACUGUUAGUUUUUCUUUUCUUUCCUUUCCUUUUUCUAUUGACCUACAGUAAAUAGUAUGAGGAAGAGGCCCUCAUUAUUUAUUGCUGAA